UCAACAUGACUCAAGCAAGAGCACAACUAAGCAUUCUAGGCAUUCUAAAGGAAGCCCUCCUAACCAUACUUAGAAAUGCAAAGAUUCUAUCAUCCUUUAUUCUUGUUAUUCUUCUCCCCCUCAAACUUUUGUGUAGGAUUCCUAAUCUCAAUCCACCUAUAGUUUUACAUGUGGCCUCAAUUGCACCCUACCUACUCUCGCGUCUCGCUUUAUCCGAUUCGCCGGUCACCAUAAACAUCUUUCCUACCGCGACGAUCGUCUCGCACAUCACGACGUCGAUCGCCGUCUACCUCUCAACCAUGUGCUACAAUGGAAGCCACCUUGGGCUCAAUGAGUUGUUCUCCAAGUUUAAGAGGACAUGGAGGGGCCUUUUGGCAACAAUAGUUGUUUGUGAGCUCUUCACCUGGGUGUUUUGUCAUGUCUGUGUAUGUUUCAAUGGUAGGAAAGUUGUGUCUUGUGGUGUCAAUAGUAGAGGAGAAGUGCUAUGGUUGGGGUGCAAUGAGAAGGGCUACUGGGCUUCUUGUAACAAGAAAGUUACAAGGCAUUGUCCUCAUGGCCCUCAUGAUGGGCGUCGGUGAGAUAAUCGCGACGGCGUUUGCUCGCUUGAAGGGCGAUGGUGAUCGACAGCAGCAGGUGUCGGCAUCGAUCGUGGUCGGGGAUGUUCUGAAAAUCGUCGUCGACGAGGUGUUUACUAUGCUUUGUAGCCUUGUGUUAACAGUGUUCUACUACGAGUGCAAGAGGAGCAAAGGAGGGGGGAAAAGUGGAGAAGGGUUCCAAGAGUUGUUGCCCUUCACUUCCCAUGUUGAUGAUGCUAUUGCAUGAUUUGGUUUUCGCAAUUUGAUAAUAAUGGUGUUGGUGUGUUGAAUAAGCUAGAAUGUAUAUUACACUACGAAAAUUUCGCAAUGAAAAAAAUGUCAGAAUCCAUUUCAGACGAUAAUAUCUUGAAAAGCUAAUUUGAUUCUGUAAAUGUAC